CAUGUUACUUUCUUUCUUUAGUGUCUCAAAAACCCUAAAGCCUUUCUUUGGUUGAGAAGUUAGCUAAAAAAUCAAAAUAAGGCAAGAUGAUAGGAUGGGAGGAUGUAUACAAGGUGGUGGUUGCCAUGUUACCACUCUAUGUUGCACUGGUCCUAGGGUAUGGCUCUGUGAAGUGGUGGCGAAUUUUCACGCCUGAUCAGUGUGACGCGAUCAACCGCCUUGUUUGCUACUUCACUCUCCCCCUUUUCACCUUUGAGUUCACUGCCCAUGUUGAUCCCUUCAAGAUGAACUACCUCUUCAUUGGUGCGGAUGCCGUCUCCAAGUUGAUAAUUGUAUUGGUGCUUGCCCUUUGGGCCAAGUGCAGCAGCAAGGGCAGCUAUUGCUGGUCUAUAACAAGCUUCUCUUUGGCCACCUUGACCAACUCCCUGGUUGUGGGGGUGCCUUUGAUGAAAGCCAUGUAUGGGCCGCUAGGAGUUGAUCUUGUCGUCCAAUCAUCAGUCGUGCAGGCCAUCAUCUGGCUCACACUUCUGCUAUUUGUUCUGGAGUUUCGAAGGACAGGUACCGGCAUUUCUUCAAAUACUACUAUGGGAGACUCUGGUGUGAUAGAGGUUGAGCCUGGAAAAGAUUUAGAAACUAAUGAGAUGGUGGUGAGCACUAGACUAUCUUUCUGGUCAUUGAUGAGGAAAGUAUGGCUGAAACUUGCACAAAACCCUAACUCCUACGCUUGUAUUAUCGGUAUCGUCUGGGCUUUCAUAGCGAACAGGUGGCAUUUUGAAAUGCCAAGCAUCAUGGAGGGAUCGAUAUUGAUCAUGUCAAGAGCUGGAACAGGCACUGCCAUGUUUAGUAUGGGGCUCUUCAUGGCUAUGCAAGAGAAGAUUAUAGCUUGUGGCACAACCCUAACGGUGUUCGGGAUGGUCUUGCGGUUUAUUGCUGGACCAGCAGCAAUGGCUAUCGGCGCUAUUACUGUUGGUCUGCAUGGUGACGUUUUGCGCAUUGCUAUCAUACAAGCCGCGGUACCACAAUCGAUCACAUCAUUUAUUUAUGCUAAAGAAUAUGGAUUGCAUGCAGAUGUGCUUAGCACAGCGGUGAUUUUUGGCAUGAUCGUCUCCCUUCCGUUGUUGGUCGGUUACUAUGCGGUUUUAGAGUUUUUGAAUUGAUUUUCCCUAUAUAUGGAUAACUUUUCGAUGUGGGAAGUGAGUUAGGGAGAGAUCAAUGAACAUUUUAAUUUUUUGUGCUUUAAGCUAUUGCAGACUAAAUCAGUCCACUGCUAUUGCAAUCUCAUUUCUGAUC